UGAUGGGAGGUGGGGUAGGAAGGAACUCACUGGCUGGGUCUGAAUGUGAGGCCUGUGGCUACAAAUGAAUAUAUUGUCAGAUCAUGAGUGUCUGUGGCACCCCUGGUCUGCAAAAUGGCAGAUCAGGGCUCGUAUGUAAGAACUGAAGACCAUGUGGCCAUGGCAGGGUGACUUAGCUAGCUAGGUUGCUCUGCAACUCUGGCUUCUCUACUGUUUAGACCUUGGAAUGUUUGUCACCUAUGCUCUAACAGUGUGCCAGGUAUAGAUGGUGGAGUCCACCUUCACAGAUGUCAGAGUGCUGAGGUUUUCUGUCCCAGCCUGGUCCUCAACUGAGUGGCCACCAAUUUAGUAACCUCCUUUUGUCUAUAGGUUCCAUUUCCUUGGCUGAGCCUUACCCUCCUUAUAAAAGCACACUGAACUUUGCAAGCUAUAUAAAGGCCCAGUCUGUAAUUAUUUGAUGGUAGUUGCUUAGAUGGUGGCACUCGGAUGGUGCCACCCGGGGAGUUAAUCCAAGAAGGGGCAGUUUGUGAGGAGCCCAUGGCACCCUGGAUGUCUGUGUUCACUGUGUCUGUGCCUAUGCAGUGGGCCUGGGGUUCGCGUGUGGAAACACUCAAGUCUGAGAUUUCCUGUGAGUGUGGGGCCAGGGGAGUAUCUACAGGGCUUGGUCUUCUUGGUGACAAUUCGCUCCCUUCAGCAUUAGCUGCCCCAGCCUCCCUCCGCCCCCACAGACCCCGCCCGCUGGACCCAGACAGCGUGGAGGAUGAGUUUGAACUGUCCACCGUGUGUCACCGGCCUGAGGGUCUGGAGCAGCUGCAGGAACAAACCAAAUUCACACGCAAAGAGUUGCAGGUCCUGUACCGAGGCUUCAAGAACGAAUGCCCCAGUGGAAUUGUCAAUGAGGAGAACUUCAAGCAGAUAUACUCGCAGUUCUUUCCCCAAGGAGACUCCAGCACCUAUGCUACGUUUCUCUUCAAUGCCUUUGACACCAACCAUGAUGGCUCUGUCAGCUUUGAGGACUUUGUGUUUGGUUUGUCGGUGAUUCUUCGGGGAACCAUAGAUGACAGGCUGAACUGGGCCUUCAACUUAUAUGACCUCAACAAGGACGGCUGCAUCACCAAGGAGGAAAUGCUGGACAUCAUGAAGUCCAUCUAUGACAUGAUGGGCAAGCACACAUACCCUGCCCUCCGGGAAGAGGCCCCGAGAGAGCAUGUGGAGAGCUUCUUCCAGAAGAUGGACAGAAACAAGGAUGGCGUGGUGACCAUUGAGGAAUUCAUUGAGUCUUGUCAAAAGGACGAGAACAUCAUGAGGUCCAUGCAACUCUUUGAUAAUGUCAUCUAGACCCCCAGGGACAGGGGUUAGUGCAUCCUGGGGGUGACCGUACUCUAGUCCUAGUUCAGGUGAACCUAACCCUUCUCUCCCCGGGUCUGUCCUCAUCCUACCUGUACCCUGGGGGCUGUAGGGAUUCCAGGUCCUGGGGCUUCAGUAGUCCAGAUCCCUGAGCUAAGUGGCAAGAGUGGGCAAAGCGUAUCUAGAUGGGAGGGAGGGCUCCCAACUCCCCACAGCUCUCAUCCCCUUCUCGCCUGGUACCCACCGCUGAGGACGCCCCUAGUGUAGGGACUGAGUGGUUCCUCCCCUCCCAACCCCACUCUAGAAACCACAUUAGGCAGAAUGUCUCCUGCUAUGGUGCUUUCCCCACCCCUGAUCUCAUAGACUUACAUGCUCUGUCCAUGUCCCUGGCUGGCUUUUCAGCCUAGCCUUUGAGGGCCCUGUAGGAGGGGACAAGACAGUAGAGAAAUGAUGGCCUUGAGCCAGUGGUCAGGUCCCAGAAAUUGGUUGGAGUGGAAAACAGAAAGCCUGGGCAGAAUAUGAGAGAGAGCCCAGGCAAGGCUGUCACUGCCAGGUUCUACGGGUCUGCUGUCCCGGGCCAGCGGAAUAUGAGUUCCCUGACUUCCCAGAAGGCCUUAUGUCCUUAGCGAUGUCCCAGAAAUUUACCAUACACUUCUCAGUGUCUUAGGAGAGCCUGGGUUCCAGAUAGCUGGUUCAUCCCGGGAUCUCUUCAUCCUUCUUGUACGGUGGGAGUGGUGGCCAGGGGAAGAUGAGUGGAAGGUGUCCUGGGUGAUACCUUUCAAAGUCCCAUCCUGCCCUCCUGCCUGUCACCUGUUUUGAUGGCUUCAGUUUCAAUUCUCCAUGGCCUCUAGAUUUAGAGGCCCAGAGUGAGGCAGGGAUUUUCCGGAACUCCUCCUAGUUCUGCCUUAGGGGAUGGGAGGGCAAAGGCAGGCACUACAUCUGAACCCAGUAUGGGUCAUUCAUUGGAAUCCUUGCCCAACCUCCACAAUGCCCCAGGAUGUCCUGGGUUCCCCCUUCCUCCAUGUAGUCUACCCAGAGAUGACCCUGAGCUUACCUAGAGGGCAGGGACCGUAGGACCCAGCCAUGCUGCUGCCCCUCUUAAUAUACCUGCUUGUCUCAUUCAGCUCACCUUCCCAGUCAGUUGGGGUGUGGGGGGAAGGCUUCCCAGACCAUCAGACAUUGUUGACUGCUUUGCAUUUUGGGCUCUUCUACAUAUUUUGUAAAAUAAGACACCAGAUCCAAUAAAACACAAUGGCUAUGCACA